AUGGACUCUGGUGUGACUGAGGCCCUUUCCAUGAGAAAGGAAGAGCUCGUAGUUCACUUCGCUGUCAAGAUCACUAAGAUUGUGCUAGAGUUACAGAGUUUGGGUGAAUCAAUCUCUAAGAAAGAAGCAAUAUGUAAGCUUCUUAGAUCCACCCCUUCAAAGUUUGAUUCCUUGAUACUUACCAUAGAGUAAUAUGGAGAUUUGAACAAAAUGACACUUGAAGAAGCCAUUGGAUCAUUGUUGGUCAAAGAGUAAAGGCUUCAUGAUCAUGAGGUUAGAAAAGAACAACAGACUCUCCUAGCAAGAGCCAUGGAGAAGAUGAAGCUUAACCUUGGGGGCAAUCAUCCAACCGAGAUUGUGGUAUGGCCGUGCAGAAGAAGAGAAAGAGGACGAAGAAAAUCAUUUGAAACUCAUAAUGAAGAUGAGGAAAGAAGGACUUUUGACAAAUCUAAGGUAAAAUAUUUUAACUACAAAUGAUGGGUCAUUUUGCUUCCGAAUGUCACAAUGGGAAGAAGCCAAAGAAGAAGGAUGAGAAGGCAAAUAUUGCCAACACCAAGGAAAAGAGUGAAUCAGCAUUGCUCAUGGCAUUUUUUGAGGAACUAAAAGCCAUUCUUAUCUAA